CUACCAUUCAAACUCUGGAGCAAAAUGAAUUUUACACAAUUCUCUUCCGUACAAUUCUCAAGAAUGGUGAACAUGCGGCGCCUCAUCGGCCUUUCGCUACUCUUCUUUUUGUCAGCGGCAGCUUGGCUGCCGCCAUCGACUGUUAUUUCCCGGAAAGCACGAUGUGCAGCCAGAGUUAGCUCGGUUGAAUAUGUCAGAUUUACAAAUGCAAUACGGAAAAGUCGGUCCUCGCCUAGUCGCCCAAGCACCGAGAUGUUCAUGGGCAUACGCGACUUGCUUCGCAAGCGCGCCAAGGACGAUGAUUAUGAUCAGCCAAAAGGCGGCAGCCCGUCCAUACAAAAGCAAUCACCUAGCCCUUCUGCAGCUCAACUCGUACCCGAACACGCUUCGAAAACCGAGACGGAGACGGCGAUGCCCAUAGUCGACAAGAGUGAAUCAAGGAAACAAGUUUUACACGAGCGCGCUCCAGUUCGUAUGGGAGAAGACCCCGGUACGAAGACUGUCAACGUCCAAUCUUUGGACUCUCACGAGUCGGUCCAGGAUAGAAUCAACCGCGUUAAGGCAGGCAAGAUGACAGAGGGCGAGAAGGAAGCAUUUCUGGAUUCCGUUCUCACAGCGGGAAAUACGCCUGAAUCUCGCAAGCCACUUAUUCGUAGUUCUCGAGGAAAGUCGGAAGGCAAGCUGUCGAAGAAGGAAUCGAAAGCGUCACCAUUCCCCUCGGAUUCUAUACUUCGCAACCUGGCACGUGGGCUGAACGCUGAUUCCGUACAGAAAUCUGAUUUUAUGGAAAAAACAACGUUGGAAAAUCAGCGCAAAAAGAAGGAAUAUCUAGAAAUGGUGACGGACCCUGAUCGCUUCAAUCGCCUCUCUACUACAAACAGCUUGCAACGGUCUCCAGGUCUUUAUCCACAGUCAGGCAGCUCCGCCGCUGAAUCAAAGACACCCGUUUCGUCUCUUGGGGGUUUACAGUCUUCUAAGAACAAGUACCUUCCAAACCCGACUGGGCCUCCUCAGGAGCCGGUAUCGCCUCCAGAUGAUUUGCCUUUGCCGGGGGAUCUCGGGGCUCGACUAGGAUCUGCCGCCAUGGAACACGAACGCCUCCGACAGCAAGCCGAAGAAGAACGACGUGAGCGGGAGUGGCAACAGAAAGAAGAGCUCCGACUUGAGCAGGAAAGGAGAGCGGCAGAAAUUGCAAAAAGGCGUGAAGAAGAGUUGGAUCGACGCGAAGCAGAAAUCAGAGAGCGACGCCGUCGCGACCAAGAUAACCUGUCUAGAGAAGAGAAUGAGCGGAAAGAGGCACAGCAACGACGUAUGCGAGACAUGAUGAAAGCACAAGAAGAGUACUGGAUCAAAAAAUUGUCAAGGGAGAAGGAGUCAAAGGCCAAAACAGAAAUCAAGAAAGAAGUCGACACAGAUGAACAGGAAAAAGACGACACGGCACAAACGACUUCCACAUCACCUACCGCCCGCGUUCAAGUCCCGGAAUCGUCCACGAGAUUUAAUCCUGACGAAAGGUCACUGUUGAGCGAUCACGAUUUUCUAAUUCUAUCCCUUUGGCUUGAGGUGCAGGCGUUGAAUGAUCACUUGGCUGACUGGGAUAAGAAUCAAGAUGUCAUUGAAAAAUCAGCUAAACGAGCGCUAGGCGUAUCGCCUUCUAGCGAACGCGACUUUAUGGCGGAGCAAGCCCGCAAGAAGUCCGAAAUCGAAAGGGCGAGACAAGUACAGCUGGAAAAGCUCAAAGCUCUAAACUCGCCGCUUCCGACCCCUCGAAACUCCAGCUAUGCGCCUCGGGCAGCUCCUGUAUUUAAUCCACAGCGACCUGUCUCGGCUUCUUCACCUUCUUCUCGACAUAAGCUUGGGAAUCUUGUCCGAGGAAGAGAAGGAGGAAGUGAUCAAAACUCUGGGAGCCCCUCUGGAAGUCCAUUGAAUAGUGACGAUGUCAAUCGAAGAAAAACUAUCUCUAAACUAAAUGGAGCGACACUAGGCUCGGGGGAUUCUUCGUGGGAUCGAGACCAACCGCAGAGUGGGGGGUCUCUUGAGCAACCUCAAAGCAGCGCGUACCAAGCAGAGGGCAAGGAAACUCGUCCGCCGUCUUCGGGGGAGUCUCAAAACAGAGGACCAAUUCGAAUGGAGCUACCUUUGUUGGAUGUUGAGUACGACCAGGACGAAGAUGGACUGGACGUCCGUUCAAACAAGGCCAUGAGUAUUGCCGACGCUAUGAAGAGAUCAAAUAAAGGUGGAAGCGCUGAUCAAUCGGAGAGAAGUAAAAAGUGGGGAAUCGACAUGAAUCGCUUUAAUUGAUUGUUUUUACGCUCGCUUCGCCGCAAUAACGAGGAUAGUUCUUUCACUUUAUCAUCACAAAGACGCCAUUUACUAUGCUCGCAGAAGAUGGGGUCUAAUUUAAAAUUCACUGUUUUCAAUGU